AAGCGGUGAGGUAAUAGUGGAAAGCGGACACAGAAAGGAGGACCCAGUGCUGAUACAGGAAGCUAUCACAAACACAGCCUUUGAGUACACACCCACUUACACACACAUACAAACACACCUGUGACUCGAGCAGUACAGAGAAGGACCUUGGUCUGCGCAGAGACACAUUUAAAACCACAAACUUCCCGCCGGCAUCCCAGAAGUCAGUUGACUUUGACUCCAGAAAAAUGCAUUUUGGAAUGGAAGAGAGUAAGCUGAGCCCAGAGAGAUAGAGAGGAUCAAAUGACAUCUUCUUCAGUUAACAGAUAAUUCAUAAGUUAAGGACGGACAAAGAGGAGGAAAGGAAAGGGCAGACGAGUCCUUAGGAUAUUCGACAAAGGAGAGGGUAGGCUUAUAUUUUCGAAGAUGGAACAGUCUCCACAGUUUUGGCACAUGCAGGUCGCCCCCCAGGACACUGCUGAAGAGCUAAAAAAGAAGGUGUCAGUAGUGGGCCAGCCUGAGUGCUCCAUCUGCUACAACACCUAUGACAAUGUCUUCAAAACCCCCAAGCUGCUGGAGUGCACCCACACCUUCUGCCUGGAGUGCCUCUCCCGCCUCAUGGCAGUCUCGGUGGCUGACCAGGACACUGACGGCAGCAGCACUCGCCUCUCUUGCCCCUUCUGCCGUCACCCCACCACGCUGCCUGAAGAGGGACCCCCCGCCCUGACAACUAGCCGCGAGGUCCUCUGCAAGCUGCCCAAGCACCAGCAGCAGGAGCAGCCAGUGUGGCUGGAGGGAGAGAAGCUGUGCUACAAAAGUCUCAAGCACGACACUGGUGCAGGGGCCCGUGAUAGUCCCACAGCCUUCUGCGUCUGCAUUGACAUUGGGGCCAGCAAGACAGUGGAUGCUCGGAUCCAGACGCAGCCCCAGACUUUUUCCCUUAUGGGCCGGCUGGCAGACUGGAAGAGGAUAGUGCUUUUUAUCAUGCUCAUACUGCUGCUUCUUAUAAUUGUGUUGUGGCCAUUGCAGUGUAUGUUCAGCACUGGGAACAUGCGCUGUGAAAGUGUGAAAGAACCCAUCAACCCCACUACCACAACACCAGCUACUACUACUUUUAGCCAGUUCCCAGCCUACAAGGCCGGCCAGAGAUAACUUAUGGACUGGACUUCAGUGACUGUACAUAAUCUUGUAUACUGCACAUUUGAAAUCAACAUUUUUGUGCAUUGUUACUGCCACC